ACAGAAUUUGGGAAGGAUUACAAGGACUGCCUGAUUAUCAAGGGGGAGAGCUGCUCUCUGGCUGGUGUUCCUCGGCAGUUCGAGAGUUUGAAGAGUCUGCUGAACUAUUAUCGGAGCUCUGGCCUUGUAUCAGAGGGAGUCAGCAUUGAACUCAAGACCUGCUGUGUACCCAGACCCAAAGAGAAGUCCAACUUGAUUAUCAUUCGGAACAACUGGUCUUCUGAUCUCCUUGUCUCACCUGUAAUGCAGCGAAGGAAUGUCAAUCAGAUGAUGUUCCAUAAAGUAAAGAAGGAAGAAUUGAUUUGGGGUGAAAGUCUGGGUCAAGGCUCUUUUACGAAGAUCUUCAAAGGAGCAAGAGAGGGGAAUGCAAACAAUGACGUUUUCCAGAUGGAGGUUUUACUGAAAGUGUUGGAAUCCUCCCACAGGAACUACUCUGAGUCAUUCUUUGAGGCAGCAAGCAUAAUGAGCCAAGUUUCCCACAAGCAUCUCAUCCUGGUUUAUGGAAUCUGCGCCAUCAGCAAAGAGAACAUCAUGGUUCAGGAGUUUGUGAAAUAUGGAGCCCUGGACACAUACCUAAAGAAGAAUAAAAACAAUAACUCUGUCAACAUUAGUUGGAAACUUGAGGUUGCAAAGCAGCUUGCCUAUGCCAUGAACUUCCUGGAGGACAAGCACAUUGUUCAUGGUAAUGUCUGUGCAAGGAAUGUCCUGCUGACACGAGAAGGAGAUGCAGUGGCCAGGUGUCCUCCAUUUAUCAAGCUCAGUGACCCCGGAAUCAGCGUGACCAUCCUACCCAGUGAAGUGCGCAUUGACCGGAUACCGUGGUUGGCUCCAGAAUACAUUGAUAAAACAGCACACCUAGUAGCAGAAUUAGACAAGUGGAGCUUUGGUACAACCCUCUGGGAGAUAUUCAGUGGAGGAGACCUUCCACUCAAUAGUAUGGAACCCACGCAGAAGCUCCAGUUUUAUGAAGAUCACCUCCAGCUUCCUCCUCCCAGAUGGACUGAGUUAGCAAGCCUCAUCAAUCAGUGUAUGAACUAUCAGCCUGAGGUGCGGCCUUCUUUCCGAGCAGUCAUCAGGGAGCUGAACCGAUUAAACACAUCAGACUACGAAAGACUGUGCGACUUGUCCCCCGGUGACCUCACAGUUACAAAUGACUUCUGGCACUGUUUUGCUGUGAGAAAACAGGAGGAUCCGAAUUUCUUUGAAGAGAGGCACCUUAAAUUCAUCUCCAUGUUGGGCAAGGGAAAUUUUGGCAGUGUGGAGCUGUGUCGUUAUGAUCCCCUUGGAGACAACACAGGGGACCUGGUGGCUGUGAAAAAGUUGCAACACACCACAAGAGAGCACCUUCGAGACUUUGAGCGGGAGAUUGCAGUGGUCAAGAAUCUCCAUAAUGAAUAUAUUGUCAAAUACAAAGGAAUUUGUUACAGUGUCGGGCGCAGGAACUUGAGGUUGAUCAUGGAGUACUUGCCACAUGGAAGUCUACGAGAUUAUCUGCAAAAGAACAGGCACAUGCUGGAUCACAAGAGGCUCCUGUUGUAUGCCUCACAAAUAUGCAAGGGAAUGGAAUACCUUGGCUCUAAACGAUAUGUACACAGAGAUCUGGCAACUCGGAACAUCCUUGUAAAAAGUGGCACCUGUGUAAAAAUAGGUGAUUUUGGUCUAACCAAGAUUCUGCCUGGAGACAAGGAUUACUAUAAAGUUUUGGAGGCAGGAGAGAGUCCAAUCUUUUGGUAUGCGAUUGAAUCCUUAUCUGACAGCAAAUUCUCCAGAGAGUCAGAUGUAUGGAGUUUUGGGGUUGUGCUUUAUGAGUUAUUUACAUAUGGUGACCAUAGCAGCAGUCCACCAACGGAGUAUCAAAGAAUGAUUGGUUCAGAUAAACAAGGACACAUGGUCUUCCAGAUGCUCGAAGUCCUAAAAACCAGACGCCUACCAGCACCCCAAGACUGUGCAAGAGAGAUCUACAAUGUUAUGUUGAACUGCUGGAGCCACAAUCUUGCUCAAAGACCAACCUUUGUAGAACUGCUGCACAAGAUGGAAGAAAUGCAAGCUGCUCUUUGUUGAAUGGUGCUACCUUUGUAAAGAAUUCACUUCUGAGCCUAUGGAACCCUGUCUCCCUACAGCAUAGAAUCAACACAGAAUGGUUCAAAAGAAACAGUGUUUUCUUUGCGAAACUGAUGGACUGUCUCACGUGCCACGCCAGUAUUGCUACGCUGUGCAGCCUGGGAUCGUCAGGUUGCUCAGUUCUUCAAAUGGAAACUUCACAUCAAAACUGACUUUUGGAGGUGUUAGACUUGGGACCAAAUCAUCUUAUCUCUUUUCAGGAUUUUACAUUGCUUCUAUGACUUUGAAAUAGUUGAAUUCACCCACUAAGAAAGAGCAGUAAAAGAUUGGGAACAGUAAUGGCAACAUGAAUUUAUAGAAUUUGUCCUCUGUUGCAAAACCUUCACCUGGUGAUACCUUCCUAGGCACAAAAGCUGGGAACUGGAAUGGUAAUGGCACUAUGAGGAAAACCAAGGUUUCGGAUAUGUGCUGAGGGUGGGAUAAAGGAACUCCUCUUAUUAUAAGUGGUCAUACAAAGACCAAUAAUGUUUUGUGAUCAGUCAUUCUUCAGUCAAAAAUGGGAAUCUCAUUAAAAUGCAAACUGUUGGCAGCAUGGGCUCUGACCUUGUAAUAAGGCGAAGGCAGAUCUUUAAUGCAAUAUGCAAUCAUUAUUCCCAAAUAUGAUAUGACAUCUAUUUAGUUCUGAAUUAGUUGAUAUAUUCUAUUCAAACAAUUUAAAUUAGAAACUGAACCCACUGAGGUAUAUUUUUAUGCAAGAAGUGGUUUUCACAGAGGUAAAUAAGUUUUGUGAUAAUUUCGGGGUCAAUAGCCAUCAUUCAAAUAUUGACUUGCAUGCAUAGAAUAAUAAAAAUUUCGUAAUUCAGAAGGAGACCAUUUGUUCCAUUGUGAUGGCACUGGUUAAUAAAAAGU